CCUCCAUCCUCUAUCAACCCUCUCUCUCCUCUUCGUGUCAACACCACUCUCCAUCUUAUUAAAUCCACCAUCGUCCGAUCAACCUUUCUAACCGUACAUAACCCCUCCUCGCCGCAAACCCUCACCAUCAACUUGCUUCAUCAUGCGUCGUGAAGAGCUUACAGGAACCAAUAAUAUCCCUGUGGCCUCGAAUCGUCGGUUCGGCCGCGUGAACCCCGAAUCUACGUCUCUCCCCCUACAGGAAUCGAGGAAUACCAAUAACGCCGAUGUCAAACUUAUUUCUGUGGAGCUCGAGGAUAGACGCGGUCGCCCCUCCUCCCGCCCGGAUGUCGUCGAACCCAAGAAACGCAAGCGUGGGAACCGCUGGGGUGAUGCGGCGGAAAACAAUCAGGUGGCCGACCUUGUAGGCUUGCCUACUGCAAUCUUCGCAAAGCUGUCUCCGGAACAGCUGGACGCCUAUACGAUGCAUGUGCGCAUUAUGGAAAUUACCCAGAAGCUCAAGAUCGGUGACAUCAUUCCAAUUGAGAGGCUUCGUUCGCCUUCGCCACCACCUCAGUAUGAUGGCCAUGGUAGGCGUGUCAACACUCGCGAGUACCGCUAUCGCAAGAGGCUCGAAACGGAACGCCAUGACCUCAUUAACAGGGCCUCUGGGAUAAUUCCAAACUACAAAGCCCCACCCGACUAUCGGCGUCCCCAAAAGACGCAUGAGAAAGUCUAUAUUCCUGUUAACGAUUAUCCAGAAAUUAACUUCAUUGGAUUACUCAUUGGCCCUCGUGGCGGCACACUCAAGGAAAUGGAGCAGAAGUCCGGAGCAAAGAUCGCUAUUCGUGGCAAAGGAUCAGUAAAGGAAGGGAAAGGAGGCAGUGAUAGGGCGAUGGAUUCGAACUUGGACGAGGAUCUUCACUGUUUGAUCAUAUCGGAUAACGAACUCAAUGUUGCGAAAGCUAAGAAGUUGAUCCAUGAAGUCAUUGAAACAGCUGCUUCCGUGCCGGAACAAAAGAACGACCUGAAGAGACAUCAACUUCGCUUGCUUGCAACGCUGAACGGAACCCUUCGUGAUGAUGAGGGUACUCCAUGCCAAAACUGUGGGGAGCUUGGCCACCGCAAAUACGACUGUUCGGAGAAAAAGAAUAUUAUUUCGUCCGUCGUUUGCAGGGUAUGUGGCAACAGCGGUCAUUACGCUCGAGACUGUCGUGAUCGCCCGAGGGGCUCGGAUUGGAGAAAUCCUAGCAGGCCAGACUCCGGCAAGGAAGGUGACCACGUUGACAAGGAAUACGAGUCCCUCAUGCUGGAGCUUGGAGGGUCAGCUCCUGUAUCAACUACUAAUACCUAUCGGCCCCUUGCCUUGAUCGAGGAUGGACAGGGAGUUGGCCGCAGCGGUGGUUCGAGGCCUUGGGAUCCCCGUCCGACUGGUGCUCCGGCGCCAUGGCAACAGCAGCCACCCCGCCGCUUGGACUUCACGGAUGGCAACAACGUUCCUCCUACUGGUCCUCGUGGUCAGAAGCCUACUGAGGCCCCGUGGCACCAGCAGAUGCCACAGAGACCGCAGUUCCAACAGGAGAUGCCGUCGCAGCAGCAGGACGACCCGCGUGGAGCCCAGGGCAGUCAGUGGGUCCCCCCAUUCAACCCAAUCUCUGCCCCAACGAACGAUAUGAGAGUCAACACAGGAGACUACUACCGCCCCGGAUUGAACGUCCAAAUGGCCCAGCAGAGUUACCACUCGGCUCGGCCUCCUCCUUCCCAGCACAUGCGUCAUGGAUUGUCUUUCCCGCCACCCCCUCCUCUGCUAGGAGCACAUACUCCGUAUGGAGCACACAACCAUUAUGGUGGACCUUCUCAGCCUCGCCUUCCUAACCACCCCAUGCCGCCUCCACUCGUUGUCAAUUACGGCAUGCCGCAGCCUCCCCCUCCCGCUAUGCAUUCUCGCAUGCCGCCCCCACCUCCACCAGCUGAUCACCGCAUGCCGCCUCCCCCUCCUCCUACUGAUAACCGCAUGCCGCCUCCUCCCCCGCCUGCUGAUCACCGCAUGCCGCCUCCUCCCCCGCUUGCUGAUCACCGCAUGCCGCCUCCUCCUCCCUACCACGGACCAAGCUCUAAGAAGGGCAGGUUCUAUUAACCGCGACCAGAUUACUACCAGAUUUGUAAGAAAUGGCGGUAAAUGGGGAUUUGAAUUUUUUGUGGAGGGCCAGGGUAGUGGCUUGUUCGCUUUUUCGGUGGAAUUCUGCUUUUGAAACAUGCUUUGCUAAACAUCACAGGUACUUUGAAUUCUAGAAGUGAUGGGAACGGUACAACAGAAAUCGUGAAUGAAAAGUUCUUGUGUCUAUAUUCUUGCGUGUGGGGUUUCGGGGUGUAAUUGAUGAUUGACGUUGGACGAGUGCGGUGGAUGGUCGCAAGCUUGAGCCUAAGG